UGCUAUCAUGCUGUGUCCUUGUCAAGCUGUGUUGUUGUGAUGUUCUCAUGUUGCCUUGGGGUCAUGUUGUGGUGUAGUGUUGCUACCAUCUUGUGUUUUUGUAAUGUUGUGCUGCUACCAUGUUGUGGUGUUGUCAAAAAUAUAUAUAUAUAUAUAUGUUAGCAAAGGCCUGAUGGUUCUCCAACCUUUGAUCAAGUGUACUAUAGCGUCCUUCAUUACUGUAACAGCAUUAUAGAUUAUUGUUUACUCAUCCAGAUUUGAAAUUCAUUCCAGUGUUCUUUCUGUAUCGUUUUUCAGAAUAUCACAUUGUGAAAUACUCAUUGUUACGCCGAACGCUAGUUUGGUACAACACAAAACAUACUUUAUUUAUUUAAACAGGGAUAUGCCAUUUAUUUUAUUUGAUAAAAAAGUAUUAAAGACAUUACAAUAGGCUUUCGAUAAAAGCGGGAUGGGCCGUUGUUUAGGUUUGCCUGUGAAUAGGACAGUCAAUGGAGAGGUAGAGUUUAUGCCGGUGAGGACUCAAAGGUUUGUACCUCCCCCUUCAAUGAAUCAAGUAGCAGAGGUCCAGCCAGAGAUAAUUAGUCAGAGAGCAGCGGUGUUCGAACGGUAUGUACUGUACUAACCAGAGCUUUUCUGCAGCCUAUUUUCUUCCAUCCCAUGGAUUGAAUCAAUCCCUUGCGUGGAAGCCAAGAGUGGUAGUGAUCCCUGAGAACAGAGAGAGUGUGUCUGAAUCCUUGAGGAGGACUACAAAGCUAAACCUCAAAACACUGUGAAAAACAUCUUCACUCUCAUUGCUUUCAAUCCAUCUGGUGUCAUCAUGGCUGGUCCCCCACCAGUUGAACAGACAUUACGUCACAGUGCCCUUGUCCUCCUCCUGCUGAGUGUGAGUGGUAGCCUGGGCCAGAAGGACUGUACAGGUGUAGACUGCCCUGAUCUGAGUAACUGUAUUGAGGAGCGGCUGGAAGCUGGGGCUUGCUGUACUACCUGCGUUCAGACUGGGUGUACCUGUGAGGGCUACCAGUACUACGACUGUGUCCAUGCCGGCUUUAAGAAUGGUCAUGUUCCCGAGGGGCAGUCCUACUUCGUGGACUUCGGGAGUACGGAGUGUUCGUGCCCGGAAGGUGGCGGACGGAUUGGCUGUCACUUCAUGCCCUGUCCUGACGUCCCUGCGAACUGCAUCGAGGUGUCUGAGCCGGCUGACGGCUGUGUCACCUGCGAACGUAUCGGCUGUGUCCAUGACAACCAGAAGUACGAGGCCGGACACUCCUUUCACCUUGUUGCCUGUGAGGCGUGCCACUGUCCGUCCGACGGAGGUCAGCUGAUGUGCUACCCUGUCCCAGGCUGUGAUUCCAGCAACCCCGCUGACCCCCACAAACCUAUGCUGGCCACCAUACAGGAGGGUCACCCUACAUAUCCCCCUAUCCAUCCCUACCUCACACAGGACAAACUGAGAGAGACGGAGAGAGACCGACAUGCUAAACCCCCCUUUAACACACAGGAGACACAGGCUAUAGGAUUACCCCCCUACAACCGUCCUCCAUACCCUUUCAACGGGCCAAAACUACCACCAUCCAACAGCCCACACCUCCCCCCGUUCCCGAUCGAUGCCCCUAUUCCCUCGGACCACCUGCCCCUGUUCAAACCAGACCACAUGACUGAGGAUGGGGACUAUGACUACCGUACUACAGACGCAUCAGAACCACCUGUGAAUGAUCUGGCCUACCCUACACCGUCCUCCUCUGUCAUCUCUGUCUCCUACCCUGGGACAGGGGCUACACAGCCGCGCCACGACAGGGGUAAUAGUAAGAGCUACGAUAAGCCUUAUGAUUGGGCUGAUAACGGCUAUGGUAACAAGGAAUAUGAUAGUAGAGAUAGGCAGGAGCUGAGGGAGAUCUAUGGAGUCCAUGAGCCAACCACAGACAGUAUGGUUACAGACAGAGUAGGACUGAGAGACAGGCUAGGGCAGACAGAUCGAUCUACAGAGACAGACAGAUCUCAGCAUAUAGGUAGGGUGAAGCUGACAGACAAGCUAAAGAAAACAGACAGGUUGAUGACAUUUGGACUUUACAAGGCCACCACAGAUUGGUUCGGAGAGACAGGCAGCCCAGUUACUGACAGCCCAGUGACAGUAGAACAGACCACUUCUAGCCAGCUUGAAGACACCACAGUAGAGACUACAUCCCGCAGUACCAGCUCCAGCCACCAGGACACCACCUCGAACUGGAACAGACUCUCAGAGAACCAGAUUUACCCUCACUCUCAAGGGGCCAGUGCUGGGGAUGCACUGGAGAUCUGGGAUAGAGGGAUGGAGGGGGAGCAGCAGGAGGAAGAGGAGGAGAGAGUAGAUUCAUUGGAGAAUACCACAGCACCUGGGUGGAGAGACGUGUCUUAUGAUGGAGAUUUGGAUAAACAGGGGAGGAGAGGAGGAGAGGAGGAGAGAGAGAAGAGUACCCCUAGCAACCAUGUGAAGGAUGCAGGUGUCAGAGAACCUGGAAGUCACCAGGACAACACUACAGUAGAACACAGUACUACAUCCCCCAGAAGGAAUUGGGACCACAUCACCCACAGGAAGCCUCACCAACACACCCUGACCCAGAAGGCUAAGCCUCACAAUACUACCCCUAGGGAGUAUAAGGUCAUCACAGACAGAACUACAUCUCCCAGACUGCUUGACCACAACACAGAUAGAACUACAUUUACCAGAUUGCCUGACCACCACACCUUGACCAGGAAGCCUGACCACUACACAACCCCCAAGGAGUAUGAGGUCCACACAGACAGACCUAUAUAUCCCAGACUGCCUGACCACCACACAGUCAAAACUUCAACUCCAAGAGAGCUUGAUGUCAACACCGACAGAACUACAAUCCCAAGACAAGCUGAGCACCACAGCCUCAACAGACAGCCUGAUCACCAUACCCUGACCAGGAAGCCUGACCCCUAUGCAGUCAGAACUACAACUCCCAGAGAGCUGAACCACCACACAACCCACAGACAGCCUGAUCACGAUACCCUGACCAGACACCCUGAUCCCCAUCACCCAGCUCCCAAGGACCCAGAGCAGCAACAUACUCCUCCCAGGGUGAGAUUCAGCCCAACCAGCCAGCCUUCUCUCAGGGUAUCAGCUAAUCUAGGUCACCACGGAAGUGAGCCUCUCCAUAAGCAGUCCCAGACACUAUUCAACCUGCAGAACAAUGAUACGGAGGAGCAUGAGAAGGAGGAGGAGAAGAGGGGAUAUGUUCCAGUCUUUCUCCCAAAAACUCAGGAGGCUGGUCCUGGUCUGUCUUCUCCCUACGUGGUGGAGAGCUGCUGUGAGGUGGGCCAGAGAUGGGCAUCAGAGAACCAACACUGUAACAACAUGCCGUUGUUGAAGGACGAUAAACACUCUGUCUGCAGUAUAUCCCAGCAGCAGUGUUGUCAGAAUGUUCUAAAGGAGACCAGGUGUCUGGCAGGUAUCACUGCUGCUAAAGGAGGAGACAGGUGUGAGGUCAACCAGGAGAGCCAGUGUGCUGCAGACUCUUACCAGGUGUGCUGCAGUUGUUGUGUGCUGGGUCUGGCUCUACAUGCUGAAGGUAGAGGGUGUGAUGCCCACCAGCACCUGGGGAACCCCUGUGGUCAUGUCCUGCUCACCUGCUGUGAAGAGAAGGGGCUCAGCCCUAACCCUAACCAAACACAGAGGAGGAAGGAGAGGCCCAGACCUACUACCCUGCCUGAGAAAGAUGUGAAUGAGUGUGUGACCAGCAUGCACAGUUGCCAGGCCAGUGAGCGCUGUGUGAACACCGUGGGAUCGUUUGUGUGUGAGAGGACCGUCACUUGUCCUGCUGGCUUCCAGCUCAGGAACCAAGUCUGUGAGGAUAUUGAUGAGUGUAUGGUGCGCAGCCACAACUGUGGUCAAAGGUUUGAGUGUGAGAACACGGAGGGCUCCUUCCUGUGUAACCCUAAACAGAGAUGUCUCACCGGCUUCACCCAGGACUCACAUGGAAACUGCAUUGAUAUUAAUGAGUGCAGUAGUCUAUCUGAUCCGUGCAGUGCUGGUUUUCACUGUAUCAACACUGUGGGCUCCUAUACCUGUCAGAGGAAGGUUAUCAUGUGUAGUCAGGGAUACCACUCCAGCCCUGAUGGAACACGCUGCAUCGAUGUGGAUGAAUGUCAGACAGGUAACCAUGGGUGUGGUGAGGGCCAGAUCUGUCAUAACCUCCCUGGUAGCUACCGCUGUGACUGUCAAACAGGCUACCUGUACGAUGCACUACGCCAGGUCUGCAGCGAUGUGAAUGAGUGUUGGAGCUACCCCGGCAGGCUAUGUGCUCAGACGUGUGAGAACAGUCCAGGAUCCUACCAGUGUUCCUGUACAGCAGGCUUCUCUCUCGCCUUCGACGGGAAGAACUGUGAAGAUCUGAAUGAGUGUGACUCUAGUCCGUGUGGUCAGGAGUGUGCUAACAUCUAUGGGUCCUACCAAUGUUACUGCAGACAGGGCUUCUAUCUGAAGGAAGACGGACACACCUGUGAAGAUAUUGAUGAGUGUUCCCAGAGUAUUGGCAACCUGUGUGUGUUCCAGUGUGUGAACAUCCCAGGUAGCUAUCAGUGUGCCUGUCCCCCUAAUGGAUACACCAUGUCAACCACCGGACACACCUGCAGAGAUAUUGAUGAGUGCACAACAGGAGUUCAUAACUGCUCUACAGAACAGACCUGCUCCAACGUCCAGGGAGGGUACAGGUGUCUCUCUUUCUCCUGCCCUCCAUAUUACAGAAAGGUCUCAGAUACUCGUUGUGAGCGCAGUGGUUGUCCAGCUAACUCUGUAGACUGCCAGACCUCUCCUCUGAGAAUCACCUACUACCAGCUGAGCUUCCAGAUCAACAUUGUCAUCCCCACUCAGAUCUUCAGGAUUGGCCCCUCCCCCGCCUACAGGGGAGACAACAUUGCUAUCUCCAUCACCCACGGUAACGAGGAGAACUACUUCUCCACGCGGAAGCUGAACAGUUUUACGGGGGCGGUAUACCUGCAGCGGCAGGUGACACAGCCGAGAGACUUCCUGAUCGAUGUGGAAAUGAAGCUGUUGAGACAGGGAGCCUUCACUACCUUCCUGGCCCGGAUAUAUGUCUUCAUCACCUCUAACACACUGUAGAGUCUGUUGAGACAGGGAGCCUUCACUACCUUCCUGGCCCGGAUAUAUGUCUUCGUCACCUCUAACACACUGUAGAGCCUGUUGAGACAGGGAGCCUUCACUACCUUCCUGGCCCGGAUAUAUGUCUUCGUCACCUCUAAC